CUUCCGCUUUGGGAAGCUGGCAACCGGAGGGAUUGUGCAUGUCGCCUAGAUGGUCCUGGAUGGUACCAUAUAUUGCUUCCCCUCAAAUACCAGCGCGUGCCCCCGACCGACUUCCCUCUCCUCGUCAACCUUCCAGCGUGCCUUGCAGGUCCUUCCCUCACCCACCUGCUGUGAAGAGCUCGGUUGCGCCCAUCAUGCCUGUGACGGAAGAGUCAGUAAUCCAAGCCACCACCUUCGGCCGCGCCUCCGUGGAUGGCUCUGGCGACCCGGAGCGCAAGCAUCCUGACGCUCAUGCAACGAGCCCGCCCGACUACCUUCUCUCCGAGGGCAAGGCUGCCCUCCAAGAGAGCGACUUAGCCAGCGACCGUGAUGACUUCCCUACCGAGGAGCAGAUGCGCACCCUGCGCCGUGUUCCUCAGAAGAUCCCGUGGAAGAUCUUCACGAUUGGCUUCGUCGAACUGUGCGAGCGCAUGUCGUACUACGGCACCGUCGUCGUCUACUCCAACUUCAUCAACAAGGGUCGCUUCGACGCCGAUGGCAACCCUACGGCCACGUCCACUGGUGCCGCUCUCAACCCGUGGAGUGACGAAGCCCAGCCCGGUGCCCUUGGCUUGGGCAAGCAGAUCGCCUUCUCCUUGACCACCUUCAACUCGUUUUGGGUCUACGUCUGCCCUCUGUUCGGUGCCUGGAUCGCCGACAAGUACCUUGGUCGUUACAAGACAAUCUUCUACUCGGUCAUCGUCGCUGAACUCGGUCACAUGGUCCUCGUCGUCUCCUCCGCGCCCUCUGUCCUGGACAAGCCGCACACCUCGCUCGGCGUCUUCAUUUUCGGUUUGCUCCUUACUGGUUUCGGAACGGGUACUUUCAAGCCCAACAUCUCGCCGCUCAUCAUGGAGCAGCUUCCCGACGACCCUUUACGCGUCGAGGAACGGAACGGCGAGCUUGUCAUUGUCGACCCGGCCAUCACGGCAACCCGUGUGUACAACUGGUUCUAUUGGUUCAUCAACUGGGGCGCCCUUUCCGGCCAGCUCGGCAUGGUCUUCGCCGAGCGUUACGUUGGUUUCUACCUAGCCUUCUUGAUUCCCCUCAUCUUCUUCGCGCUUUCUAUCCCUGUCUUGAUCCUCUGCAAGAAGCACUACAAGCUCACGCCGCCUGCUGGAAGCGUGCUCGGCCCUGCUUUUAAGCUUUUGUGCAAGGCUCUCGGACACGGGCUCAGUGCCAAUCCCAUCACGACCAUCAAGAACUGGAAGAAGGGCGAGGGAUGGGAGAAGAUCAAGCCUUCGGCUCUCGGCGCCAACAAGCCCUCUUGGUACAACUUCGAUGACGCUUGGGUCGACGAAGUCCGCCGUGGUUUCGGCGCCUGUGGCGUCUUCAUGUGGGUGCCCAUCUACUGGCUUGCGUAUCGGCAGAUGGACAACAACUUGACCGCCAUGUGCGCUACCAUGGCUCUGCACGGAACACCCAAUGAUCUCCUUCAGAACAUGGACCCGAUUACGCUCAUCGUUCUCGUCCCGAUCUUCGAUCUGUUCAUCUAUCCCUUCCUCCGGAAGCACAAGAUCAACUUCACGCCCAUCAAGAAGAUCGCGGCUGGCUUCCUCUUCGGUGCAUUGGCCAUGUUGUGGGCCACUGUACUCCAGUACUACGUGUACAAGACGUCCGGUUACUACGACACCCAGGACCCUGACUACAAGUCGCCCAUCAACGUUUGGGCCGUGACUGGUGUUUACGUCCUGAUCGCCAUCUCCGAGAUUUUCGCCUCGGUCACCACGCUCGAGUACGCAUACACCAAGGCGCCCAAGAACAUGAGGUCCCUGGUUAUGAGUGUCCAGUGCUUCACCACUGCUUUCUCCGCUGCGCUCUCUCAGGCCUUCACCCCGCUCGCCGCUGAUCCCCACCUUGUCUGGAACUACGGAUCGGUUACCAUCAUCUCGGCCGUCGUUGGUAUCCUCUUCUACAUUGCGUACUACAAGACCGAUCAGCAGGAAGAUGCGCUCAACAUUCUGCCGACCGGACAGUUCGGUACUCCCAUUCAGGGCGAGGAUGUCGAGCGCCGUCUCAGCACUCCGAAUGAGAGGCCUGCCAGCACUGUCGACGAGAAGAAGAUUUAGAUGGAUGCAUAGUCGUAUGAUCGGGGUUGUUUCGUGGCAGGUGGAGAUGAUACCCGAUCGAUCCAUUUCCAUAGAGUCGCGCGCCGAGAAACGCGUCGACGCUGCACUUGCUGUUAAGUGAUACAACCUUGAUAGCUCCAUAAUUUUACGCUCACUUGAUCAUGCUCUCAUUCUAUGUAAUCGUGUACUACUGUAGCAUACGAGUACAUAUACAGUAGUACAUGGCGAGGCUUAGUCAAGGUUGACACACUUAAAACCACCGUGCUUGAUGGAAAACCUUAUCAUUUUACACGUGUACGUGGUCAGAGAGAAGGGCCGUUGGCAAAAGUUCCAUUUCGGCUCCCACCACUCGUGCCAAUCAAUUCCUAGCAAGGGGACUAGGUAACUUACAUACAUUAGUGUAGGCGGGAUAGGUGGGGUCAUCAGCAUUUCCACGCGCGACCUGACACCUGAAGACGGCACCUGCUUUGUUGAGCAGCGAGUCGUGUGCUG